AUGCAUUUUUCUCCCUGUGCCCGCGGAGAAGCGCCGCCCGCCCCGGAGCCGAGCUACAGCGUGCAGAGGACCGGAAGGAGCCGGGCGCGCGGGGCCUGGGAGCCGGCUCCCAAGGAGGAGCGCGGGGAGAAGCCGGGCGCCGCGCGGGGGCUCGACGUGGGCGCAUCCCUCCCGCGCGGGCUCCCGCGGGCGUGGGGCGGCGGGGCGGGGCGGGCGGGGCGCGGCCUGACGUCAGGCCCGCUGCUGGGGCAGUUGGCGCGGCGGCGGCGGAGCGGCAGGAGGGCAGGAGCGGCGGCGGCGCCGAGUGAGGCGCGCGGCGGGGCGCGGGCAGCGGCGGGGCCGGAGCAACAUGGCGCCGGGGGCGGGGGCGGGCGGCGGGACGGCUGGCCGGCCCGAGGGCGCCUCCUCCUGGCCGCGCUGCUGCUGCUGCUAUGGACGCGGGCGGCCAGCGGCCAGAGCAGCCCCCAGCAGAGCGUGAUCCUGGGCAUGAGGCUGGCGAGCUGCAACAAGUCGUGCGGGAUGAACCCGGAUGGCGUCAUCUUCGUGUCCGAGGGCAGCACGGUGAACUUGAGGCUCUACGGCCACAGCCUGGGCGAGAUCUCCAGCAACCUGAUCUCCUUCACCGAGGUGGACGACGCCGAGACGGUCCACAACUCCACCAACUGCCUGGAGCUCACCAAGGACUUAGUGGUCCAGCGGCUGGUCAACGUGAGCCGCGGGAACACGUCGGGGAUGCUAGUGGUGCUCACCAAGUUCCUGCGGAGGAGCGAGAACAUGAAGCUGUACGCGCUGUGCACCCGGGCCGGGGCGGACGGGCCCUGGCUCAAAUGGACGGACAAGGACUCCCUGCUCUUCAUGGUGGAGGAGCAUGGGAGGUUUCUGCCGCUCUGGCUGCACAUCCUUCUCGUUUUGGUGCUGUUAGUGCUGUCGGGCAUAUUUUCUGGCCUCAACCUGGGGCUUAUGGCCCUGGACCCGAUGGAGCUGCGCAUCGUGCAGAACUGUGGAACUGAAAAGGAGAGAAGGUACGCCCGCAAGAUAGAGCCCAUCCGGCGCAAGGGCAACUACUUGCUCUGUUCGCUGCUCCUGGGGAAUGUGCUAGUCAACACCUCCCUCACCAUCCUUCUAGACAACCUCAUCGGGUCUGGCAUCAUGGCAGUGGCCUCCUCCACCAUUGGCAUUGUUAUCUUUGAGAUCUUACCUCAAGCCCUGUGCUCCCGACACGGGCUGGCUGUGGGUGCCAACACUAUUGUUCUCACCAAAAUCUUUAUGCUGCUCACCUUUCCUCUGAGUUUCCCCAUUAGCAAACUCCUGGACUGCCUUGGUCAGGAGAUUCGCACUGUUUACAAUCGGGAGAAGCUGAUGGAGAUGUUGAAGGUGACAGAACCCUACAAUGACCUGGUGAAGGAGGAAUUAAAUAUGAUCCAGGGCGCCCUGGAACUAAGGACCAAAACUGUGGAGGAUAUCAUGACCCAGCUCCACGACUGCUACAUGAUCCGCAGUGAUGCCAUCCUGGACUUCAACACCAUGUCGGAGAUAAUGGACAGUGGCUAUACGCGCAUUCCCGUGUUUGAAGAUGAGCAAUCCAAUAUCGUAGAUAUCCUUUAUAUCAAAGACCUGGCUUUCGUGGACCCCGAUGACUGCACUCCGCUCAAGACUAUCACUCGUUUCUACAACCACCCAGUUCAUUUUGUUUUCCAUGACACCAAGCUGGAUGCCAUGCUGGAGGAAUUCAAGAAGGGGAAGUCGCACCUGGCCAUUGUUCAGAAGGUGAACAACGAAGGUGAUUGUGACCCCUUCUACGAGGUGCUGGGCUUGGUCACGCUGGAGGACGUCAUCGAGGAGAUCAUCAAGUCUGAGAUCCUGGAUGAGUCGGACAUGUACACUGACAAUCGAACCCGGAAACGGGUAUCUAUGAAGAACAAACGUGACUUCUCUGCCUUCAAGGAUGCUGACAAUGAACUCAAAGUGAAAAUCUCACCUCAGCUUCUUCUGGCUGCUCAUCGCUUCCUGGCUACAGAGGUGCCCCAGUUCAGCCCCACUCUGAUAUCAGAGAAGAUCCUGCUCCGGCUGCUCAAAUACCCGGAUGUCAUUCAGGAACUCAAGUUUGAUGAGCAUAACAAGCACUACUGCCGCCAUUACCUGUACACCCGGAACAAGGCGGCCGACUACUUCAUCCUCAUCCUGCAGGGGAAGGUAGAAGUAGAAGCAGGCAAGGAGAACAUGAAGUUCGAGACGGGCGCCUUCUCGUACUACGGGACCAUGGCCCUAUCCAUGCCAGCCUCGGCGCCUCCUGUGCAGCCUGGGUGUUCCCCCGGCAAGCUGAACUCCCUGCUCUCUUGGCUCUCAGACCGGUCCCCAGCCCACCCAACUCCACUCAGCCGCUCGGCCUCCCUCAGUUACCCAGACCGCAACGUAGACAUGACGCCCUCCUCAUCCCUGGCAGGCAGCAACCAGUUUGGCAGCUGCAUUCUGGGCCAGUAUGUGUCCGACUUCAGUGUCCGCGCGCUCACGGACCUGCAGUACAUCAAGAUCACCAGGCAGCAGUACCAGAACGGGCUGCUGGCCUCCCGCAUGGACAACAGCCCUCAGCUCGCCUUGGACAGCUGUGCACCUGCUCGGAGAACUUUACCGAAGUCGGAGCUGCCGGUGGUGGAUGAGACCACGACGCUCCUCAACGAACGCAACUCCUUGCUGCACAGAGCCUCCAGGACGGUGCCAUCUGACAGGAGGGCCGGGGACUCCUGCCUGCCCUGCGGGGGUCUCCCCAGUGGGCCCACAUGA